AUGGCUGUGAUUCCCACAACUCAUGCGCCACAUACUGGUGACAAGUGGCCUGUCCACCCCCAACACUUGCAGUUAAACAAGCAUGUGGAAUGCCUAGGAAUCGACUACGUCAGUUCAGAUUUAGGAGGGACUUGUGUUUCUGGACGUCUCGAAUCCCAGUGUUUGUUCCCUGCCAUUCUUAAUCUGGCCAGCCAUGCUGACAUCAGUGCCAACGCGACCUGUGGAGAGAAGGGGCCCGAGAUGUUUUGCAAACUCGUGGAGCACGUGCCCGGCCGCCCUGUACGCAAUGCCCAGUGCCGGGUCUGUGACAGUACCAGCUCGAACCCCAAAGAACGCCACCCAAUAUCCCAUGCGAUAGACGGCACCAACAACUGGUGGCAAAGUCCCAGCAUUCAAAAUGGGAGAGAGUAUCACUGGGUCACAAUCACUCUGGACCUAAGACAGAUUUUUCAAGUUGCCUAUGUCAUCAUUAAAGCCGCCAAUGCCCCCAGACCUGGAAACUGGAUUUUGGAGCGCUCUCUGGAUGGCACCACGUUCAGCCCCUGGCAGUAUUACGCAGUCAGUGACACGGAGUGUUUGACMCGCUACAACAUAACUCCAAGACGGGGGCCGCCCACUUACAGAGCCGACGACGAAGUCAUCUGCACCUCCUAUUAUUCCAGACUGAUACCACUGGAUCAUGGCGAGAUUCAUACGUCACUCAUCAAUGGCAGACCAAGUGCUGACGAUCCUUCCCCCAGGUUGUUGGAAUUUACCUCUGCACGAUAUAUCCGCCUUCGAUUACAACGCAUCAGGACACUCAAUGCUGAUCUGAUGACCCUUAGCCACCGGGAACCCAAAGACCUUGACCCUAUUGUUACAAGACGAUAUUACUAUUCAAUAAAGGACAUUUCUGUUGGAGGGAUGUGCAUUUGCUCCGGCCAUGCUAGCAACUGCCCAUGGGAUGAAACUACAAAGAAACUGCAGUGUCUGUGUGAACAUAAUACUUGUGGAGAGAGCUGUAACAUGUGCUGUCCUGGGUACCACCAGCAGCCUUGGAGGCCUGGGACCAUAUCCUCUGGUAACACAUGUGAACAAUGUAAUUGUCACAAUAAAGCCAAAGACUGUUACUAUGAUGAAAAUGUCGCCAAUCAGAAGAGAAGCUUGAAUACAGCUGGGCAGUUCAGAGGAGGUGGGGUUUGCAUUAAUUGCCUGCAGAACACCAUGGGAAUCAAUUGUGAAACCUGCGUGGAUGGAUAUUAUAGACCACAUAAAGUUUCUCCUUAUGAGGAUGAACCUUGCCGUCCCUGUGUCUGUGACCCUGUGGGGUCCCUCAGUGCCAUCUGUGUUAAGGAUGAUCUCCAUUCUGACUUAAAUAAGGGGAAGUGGCCGGGUCAGUGUCCGUGUAAGGAAGGUUAUGCAGGAGAAAAAUGUGAUCGCUGCCAGUUUGGCUACAAGGGUUACCCGAACUGUGUGCCCUGUGACUGCAAUCUAGCUGGCAGUGUGAAYGACGAUCCGUGCACAGACCCGUGUCUUUGUAAGGAAAAUGUCGAGGGGAAGAAUUGUGACCGCUGCAAACCAGGCUUCUAUAACUUGAAGGAAAGAAAUCCCCAGGGCUGCUCUGAGUGCUUCUGCUUUGGUGUCUCCGAUGUCUGCGACAGCCUUUCUUGGCCCAUUGGUCAGGUGAAKGAUAUGUCCGGGUGGCUGGUCACUGACUUGGUCAGUCCAAAUAAGAUCCAUUCUCAGCAAGAGGCRUUGGGUGGGCGCCAUCAGAUCAGCAUCAACAACACCCUGGUCAUGCAGAGACUGACUUCUAAGUACUACUGGUCGGCCCCUGAGGCCUACCUUGGAAAUAAGCUGACCUCUUUUGGUGGGUUCCUGAAAUACACAGUGUCAUACGAUAUUCCAGUGGAGACAGUGGACAGUGACCUCAUGUCUCAUGCGGAUAUCAUCAUCAAGGGAAAUGGAAUCACUUUAAGCACACAGGCUGAGGGCCUAUCACUGCAACCCUAUGAAGAGUACUUCAAUGUGGUUAGACUUGUGCCUGAGAAUUUCCGAGACUUCCAUAACAAAAAACAGAUYGAUCGUGACCAGCUAAUGACCGUCCUGGCCAACAUGACUCAUCUCCUGAUCAGAGCCAACUACAAUUCUGCAAAAAUGGCUCUUUACAGGUUGGAUUCUGUCUCUCUGGACACAGCAAGCCCUAAUGCUAUAGACCUGGCAGUAGCCACUGAUGUGGAGCACUGUGAAUGCCCGCCAGGCUACACAGGGACGUCCUGCGAGUCCUGCCUCUCUGGCUAUUAUCGAGUUGRUGGAAUACUCUUUGGAGGAAUCUGUCAGCCCUGUGAAUGCCACGGCCACGCGUCGGAGUGUGAUGUYCAUGGAGUUUGCUUUGCAUGUGCCCACAACACCACUGGGGACCACUGUGAGCAGUGCCUACCUGGCUUCUACGGGGUGCCUUCCCAUGGGACUUCUGGGGACUGCCAGCCCUGUGCCUGCCCUCUCUCCACAGCCUCCAACAAUUUCAGUCCCACCUGCCAUCUCGAAGGAGACGAAGUCAUCUGUGACCAGUGUGCUCCGGGUUACUCAGGAGCUUGGUGUGAGAGAUGCGCCGAUGGUUACUAUGGAAACCCAACAGUACCCGGGGAAUCCUGUGUACUGUGUGACUGCAAUGGUAAUGUCAACCCCUCUGAGCCUGGCCACUGUGACUCUGUCACCGGGGAAUGCCUGAAGUGUGUGGGAAACACCGACGGCCCUCACUGCGAAAGGUGUGCAGAUGGGUUCUACGGGGAUGCUGUGACUGCCAAAAAUUGCCAAGCCUGUGAUUGCCAUGAGAAAGGUUCCCUUUCUGAUGUGUGCCAUCUUGAGACUGGACUCUGUGACUGCAAACCCCACGUGAUCGGACAGCAGUGUGACCAGUGCCUGCCAGGCUAUUAUGGGCUGGACACAGGACUUGGCUGCUUACCCUGUAACUGCAGCACGGCAGGCUCCAUGUCGGACGAAUGCACAGAGGAAGGACAGUGUUACUGCAUUCCAGGUGUGACUGGGAAAAGGUGCGACAGGUGUUCACAUGGCUUCUAUGCCUACCAGGAUGGUGGCUGCACACCCUGUGACUGUGCUCAUACUCAGAAUAAUUGUGACCCUGAAUCUGGAAAGUGCAUCUGCCCUCCUCAUACUUGGGGUCUGGAAUGUGAAAAAUGUGARGAAGGGUACUGGGGUUUGGACCCGGAGCAUGGGUGCCAGGCCUGCAAUUGCAGUCAUGAGGGGUCAGCCAAUCCCCAGUGUGACAUGCUUUCUGGUCACUGCCAAUGCAAGCAGGAAUUUGGUGGGAAGAGGUGCGAUCAGUGUUCCUUGGGUUACAGAGACUUUCCUGACUGUGUUCCCUGUGACUGCGACCUGAGGGGGACACUGGUGGACACCUGUGACCUGGAACGGGGUCUCUGUAGCUGUGCAGAGGAAACCGGCACCUGCUCUUGCAAGGAAAACGUGUUUGGCCUCCAAUGCAGCAAGUGUCGAGUUGGCACCUUUGCCCUGCGUGCAGACAACCCUCUGGGAUGCAGCCCCUGCUUCUGCUUUGGGCUGUCGCACCUCUGCUCGGAGUUGGAGGGAUAYGUGAGGACCCGAGUGACGCUGGACUCCAAACAGCCUCUUCUGCGUGUGGUCUCUCAGAGCAACCUGAAGGGCACCAGUGAGGGGGUGUACUACCAGGCCCCCGACAUCUUGCUGGAUGCCACCACUGUCCGUCAGCAUGUCCACGGGGAGCCAUUUUACUGGAGGCUGCCAGAACAGUUCCAGGGAGACCAGCUCCUGGCGUAUGGUGGCAAACUAAAGUACACCAUGGCCUUCUAUUCCUCUGAUGGCAUCGGCACCUCCAAUUAUGAGCCUCAAAUUCUCAUCAAAGGAGGUCGAACCAGAAAGCAAGUCAUUUACAUGGAUGCACCAGCACCAGAGAAUGGCGUGAGACAGGACCAGGAAGUGGAAAUGAAAGAGAACUUUUGGAAAUAUUUUAACUCUGUUUCUGAAAAACCAGUCACACAUCYGGAUUUUAUGUCCAUUCUUAGCAAUAUUGAGUAUAUCCUCAUCAAGGCAUCCUAUGGUCAAGGACUACAGCAAAGCAGAAUCUCAAACAUUUCAAUGGAGGUUGGCACAAAGGCUACAGAGCUGCACCCUGAGGGAGAGGUGGCUUCCCUGUUAGAGAAUUGUCUCUGUCCCCCGGGCACAGCUGGAUUCUCAUGUCAGGACUGUGCCCCUGGGUACUACAGAGGGAAGCUUCCAGAAGGCAGCGGCAGGGGACCCCGCCCCCUGCUUGCUCCUUGUCUGCCCUGCAACUGCAAUAACCACAGUGAGACUUGUGACCCCGAAACUGGGAAGUGCCUGAACUGCCAUGAUAAUACAGCUGGUGACCACUGUGACCUGUGCGCUCCUGGCUACUAUGGAAAGGUGACUGGCUCCGCCGAGGACUGUUCUCCGUGCACCUGUCCUCACCCCUACCCUUCCAGCUUUAGCCCCACUUGCAUCUUGGAAGGUGAUGGAGAUUUCCGUUGCGAUGCCUGUACUCUGGGCUAUGAAGGACAAUAUUGUGAAAGGUGCUCCUCAGGCUACCACGGGGACCCUCAGAUACCAGGUGGCAGUUGCCAGAAGUGUGACUGCAGUCCACAGGGGUCUGUUCACAGCGACUGUGACCGCAUCUCUGGGCAGUGCACCUGCAGGCCAGGGGCCAYGGGGAUCCGAUGCCAGGAGUGUCAACCGAGACACAUUCUGGUGGAAAGCAAUUGUGUUUCUUGUGAUGAUGAGUGUGCAGGUGUGUUGCUGAAUGAGUUGGAUGAUGUUGGCAAUGCCAUUCUUUCUAUGAACCUCACUGGCAUCUUCCCUGUCCCACAUGGAAUUUUGUCAAACCUGGAAAAUACAACUAAAUAUCUCCAGGAGUCUUUAUUAAAAGCAAAUACCCAAAAGAAUUGGGCAGGAAUUCAACUGGAAGGUGUUGCAGAACAGACGGAGGACCUGCAAAAGCAGCUCACUGGAGUGUUAGCAAACAGCCAGCAGGUGAACAGGGAAACUGAGAAUAUCCUUGACCAGAGUCAAGACCUGGCCACAUUCAUCAAGAGGCUGCAUCAGAGCAUCAGAGAAAUCCUUGAAAAGGCAACAACUUUAAAUCAGACCUUGGAUGAAGAUUUUCAACUACCCGAUUCUACUCUUCACAAUAUCCAACAGAACAUUUCAUCUUUGCUGGAAAUUAUACAGAAAAGGAAUUUCACACGCUUGCACCAAAAUGCCACCCUUGAACUCAAGGCUGCUGAAGAUUUAUUGUCACAAGUUCAGAAGCAUUACCAAAAGCCACAAGAAGAGUUGGAGGUAUUAAAAAAAACAGCCAAAGGCUUCCUUUCAAAGCACCACAGUGAACUGAGGGCAGCAGAGGAGCUCCUGAGGGAUGCCGAGACCAAGACCCAGGAGACCAACCGCCUACUGCUCAUUGUCAAGGCCAAUCUGAGAGAAUUCAGAGAUAAAAAGCUUYGCAUUCAAGAAGAACCGAAUUUGACCUCAAAGCUAAUUGCCAAAGGAAGAGGAUUGAUAGAUGCGGCUAGUGCCCAUGGAGAUACUACACAAAAUGCUCUAGCACAGUUGGAGCAUCACCGGGAUGAGCUACUUCUGUGGACUGCCAAACUCAGGCAACAUGUGGAUGACCUGGUCAUGCAGAUGUCCAAAAGGAAAGCAAUUGAUCUUGUCCACAGAGCCGAGGACCAUGCCACUGAGCUCCAGAGACUAGCAGGUGUUUUGGACAGUGGCCUUAAAAAUGUCAGACAUGUGACCCUGAAUGCCACCAGUGCCGCUCAUGUCCACUACAACCUUCAGAGCCUCACAGAAGAAUCAGAGAAACUGGCCAACGAUGCUCACAGGACUGUGGGUGAGACCAGCCUGUUCUCAGAAUCCCUCYUUUCUAAUGGGACAGCAGCUCUGCAGCGCAGUGCCAGGUUUCUAAGCGAAAGCAACAACCUCAACAGAAAGCACCAAGGUAUUACUUUGAAGCUGAGUAAAUUGAGACACAGAGCAAAUGGAUUUCAAGAGAACACAGAUGAAAUUACUAGACAGACCAAUGCAUCACUCUUGAUACUUAGAGCAAUUCCUGAAGGUGUGAGAGUCAAAGGAACCAAAACCAAAGAGCUAGCCAUGUCUGCCAACCAGAGUGCACUGAGUACACUGAAGGAUGUCAUGGGACUGAGCCAGAAGCUGUUUAACACCUCAACUGGCCUGUCCAGGAUGAACACCACAUUGCAAGAGACGAAUGAACUUCUGCAAGACUCCACAGUGACCACCCUGUUGGCUGGAAGAAAAGUUAAAGACAUGGAAACACAAGCCAACCUUUUAUUUGAUCGGCUGAAGCCUUUGAAGACGUUACAGGAGAACCUGAGCAGAAAUUUAUCAGAAAUUAGACUGCUGAUCACCCAGGCACGGAGACAAGCAGCUUCUAUUAAAGUUGCUGUGGCUGCUGACAGAGACUGUAUCCGGGCCUACCAGCCUCAGGUUUCUUCUAGUAACUACAACACCUUGACACUGAAUGUUAAGACUCCUGAACCCGACAACCUGCUUUUCUACCUUGGUAGCAGCACCAGUUCUGAUUUCCUUGCAGUGGAGAUGCGACGGGGGAAAGUGGCCUUCCUCUGGGACGUGGGCUCUGGGUCCACACGGUUGGAAUUUCCAGACUUUCCCAUUGAUGACAACCAGUGGUACAGCAUCCAUGCAACCAGGUUUGGAAACGUUGGUUCAUUGAGUGUAAAGGAAAUGAGCUCAACUCAAAAGCCACCAAUGAAAACAAGUAAAUCCCCUGGAAUGGCUAAUGUGCUGGAUGUAAACAAUUCAACACUAAUGUUUGUUGGAGGACUUGGGGGACAAAUCAAGAAAUCUUCUGCAGUGAAGGUGACUCAUUUUAAAGGCUGCAUGGGAGAAGCCUUCCUGAAUGGCAAAUCCAUUGGCCUCUGGAACUACGUGGAAAGGGAGGGCGAGUGCGAUGGCUGUUUCUCAAGCCCCCAGAAUGAAGACUCUUCCUUCCAUUUUGACGGGAGUGGAUACUCUGUUGUAGAGAAGACGCUCCGGGCCACUGUGACUCAGAUCAUCAUGCUCUUUAGUACCUUYUCACCUAAUGGUCUUCUUCUCUACCUGGCUUCAAAUGGCACUAAAGACUUCUUAUCCAUCGAGCUGGUCCAGGGGAGAGUUAAAGUUGCAGUUGACCUGGGUUCAGGACCUCUUGUUCUUAUGACAGACAGACGGUAUAACAAUGGAAGCUGGUACAAAAUUGCCUUCCAGAGAAACCGGAAGCAAGGACUCCUAGCUGUUAUUGAUGCAUAUGACACUAGUGAUAAGGAGACCAAGCAAGGGGAAACUCCAGGACCAUCUUCUGAUCUCAAUCGACUAGAAAAGGACCUGAUUUAUGUAGGCGGAGUGCCUUGGUCAAGAGUUGUAAGGAAAGGUAUCACCAGCAAAAGCUAUAUGGGCUGUAUCAGGAACCUGGAAAUAUCCAGAUCAACCUUUGAUUUGCUCAGAAAUUCCUAUGGAGUGAGAAAAGGCUGUAGGUUGGAGCCUAUCCAGAGUGUUAGCUUCCUGAGAGGCGGCUAUGUGGAGUUGUUGCCACCCACGUCUUUGUCACCAGAAUCGGAAUUGCUGGCCACAUUUGCCACCCAGAACAACAGUGGCAUCAUCCUGGCUGCCCUCGGCAGGGAUGCAGAGAGGCAGAAUCGACGUCAGGCACAUGUGCCCUUCUUUUCCAUCAUGCUGGUUGAAGGCCACAUUGAAGUACACGUGAGUUCUGGGGAUGGAACCAGCUUGAGGAAGGCUCUCUUGCAUGCUCCCACGGGCACCUAUGGCGAUGGACAAGAGCAUUCCAUCUCCUUGGUUAGGAAUCGGAGAAUUAUCACUGUCCAGUUGGAUGAGACCAGUCCUGUAGAAUUGAAAUUGAGUGCUCUGGCAGAGAGCAAGACAAUAAACAUAUCCAACCUAUACAUAGGAGGGAUUCCUGAGGAUGAGGAGAUACCGAUGCUCAAAAUGAGGAAAUCAUUCCAGGGCUGUAUUAAAAACCUGAUCUUCAACAUGGAACUUUUGGAUUUCACCCGGGCAGUUGGCCAUGAACAAGCAGACUUGGACACCUGCUUGCUUUCAGAAAGGCCCAAGCUGGCCCUUCCUGGAGAGGACAGUGAGCUCCUGCCAGAGCCCUCAACUCUACCGCUUCCUGAACAGUGUGCAGUGGACAUUGCUCCAGGUUAUGUGCCUGGUGCUUACCAGUUUGGCCUCUCACAAAGCAGCCACUUGAUGUUGCCUUUUAAUCAGUCAGCUGUCAGAAGGAGGCUCUUGGUUCAGCUAACUAUCCGGACAUUUGCCUCCAGUGGUCUGAUUUACUACAUGGCUCAUCAGAACCAAGUGGACUAUGCCACACUCCAGCUCCACGGGGGCUAUCUCCAUUUCAUGUUUGACCUUGGCAAAGGCCGAACCAAGGUCACUCACCCCACGCUGCUCAAUGAUGGCAAGUGGCACACGGUCAAGACAGAGUACUUUAAAAGAAAAGGAGUUAUGGCUGUUGAUGGCCAAGAAUCCCCCAUGGUGACCAUGGUGGGAGAUGGAACCACACUGGACGUGGAGGGGAUGCUGUACCUGGGAGGCCUUCCCUCCCAGUACAGGGCCAGGAACAUUGGAAAUAUCACCCACAGCAUUCCUGCCUGCAUUGGUGAGGUGUCAGUUAACAGCAAACAGCUGGACAAGGACAGCCCAGUGUCUGCCUUUGCAGUAGGCAGGUGCUAUACCACGGCCCAAGAAGGAACUUUCUUUGAUGGAAGUGGAUAUGCAGCUCUUGUCAAAGAAGGCUAUAGAGUCCGGUCAGAUUUAAACAUUACACUCGAGUUUCGUACCUCCUCAGAAAACGGUGUCCUCCUGGGGAUCAGCAGUGCCAAAGUGGAUGCCAUUGGCCUAGAGAUUGUCAGUGGCAAGCUCUUGUUUCAUGUCAACAACGGUGCUGGUAGGAUAACAGCCAYUUAUGAGCCCAGAGCUGCCAGGACUCUCUGUGAUGGAAGAUGGCACACACUUCAAGCUAACAAAAGCAAACACCGGGUCAUUCUGACAGUGGAUGGGAAUACAGUCAGUGCUGAAAGUCCACACACGCAGUCCACCUCGGCCGACACCAACAAUCCCAUCUAUGUUGGUGGCUAUCCUGCUAAUGUCAAGCAAAACUGCCUGAGCAGCCGGGCCUCGUUCCGGGGGUGUUUGAGGAAGCUCACCCUGAUUAAAGGCCAACAGGUGCAGUCUUAUGACCUCAACACAGCUUUCGACCUACAAGGAGUUUUCCCUCAUUCCUGUCCAGGGGCUGAGUCCUGAGCUUCCAGCAAAAUCCUUAAUUGGAAUCAUUGCUAAUAUCUUGAGGAAAAUUAUUUUUUCCAAAUUCAAAUAUCUUCUAUUCAGAUUUCAUU